AUAGGACAGAGCUGACGUCAGAAAGCUGGGAGACAGGAGUGUGUGAUUUUUGUCUUGGAAGUAACAAGGCGAAGAGCAGGAUUCGUUGGCUCUUGUAAGUCUUUUGCAAAGCGAAAUAGAGUUGGGUUAUGGCAUUGGUGAAAAGUGGCUGGCUGCUUCGGCAAAGUACUAUACUACGGCGUUGGAAGAAAAACUGGUUCGAUCUGUGGUCACAUGGUUUCUUACUUUUUUAUGAUGACCACCAUCGGCGGGAUCUUGAAGACAGAAUUCACAUGAAAAUUGAUUGCAUCAAUAUCAAAGUGGGAAAUGAAUGUAGAGGGUUGCAGCCUCCUGAGGGGAAGUCUAGAGACUGUUUGCUGCAGAUUGUCUGUCGUGAUGGGAAGGUGCUCAACGUCUGUGCGGAAAGUGCUGAUGACUGCUUGGCUUGGAAAAUUGCUCUCCAAGACUCUAGAACAAAUGGGGCCUAUCUCGGUUCUGAAGUGAUGUGCGAUGACUCUACAAUUUCUUCAGCUCCCCCUCCAUAUACAGCUUAUGCCACACCAUCACCUGAGGUUUAUGGCUACCCACAAUACAGUGGUGCUUAUCCACCUCCAGGGACUCAGGUCAUCUUUACUUCCAAUGGACAGACAUAUGCCAUUCCUUACCAAUAUCCAAACCAAGGACCACCUGCAAACCAUGUCAUUAUUCGAGAACGGUACCGGGACAGUGAUGGAGACCUUGCCCUUGGCAUGCUUGCUGGAGCAGCAACAGGAAUGGCCCUGGGCUCAUUGUUCUGGGUAUUCUAGGUUUCUCUGGAGCCAUAAAGGGAGGAAGAUCCAAAACCUUUUAUUUAUUCUGUGUAUAAUAAUUAUAUAUUUUCAAGUACUCCUGUUUAAUCUACAGAUUUUUAAUAAGUUCUAGUAAUACUUUGCUAGCAACCAACGAGAACUGUAGUUGACUAAGUCUUAAUUGCCUCAACGGUUCCUGGUUAGUUAAAUUUGUGAUUGAAUACAUUGAUCAGUAAAUUGCAGUAAUAUCAAUGAAGAAUUACUAAUGAAGGAUAAAUGGCAACACUUGACUGAUUUUUAUAGUCCAAAAGUAGCCAUCUUUGUUAAGUCAUGUUGGCUGCAGGCUUGGAAUGGUAACUGCAAAAUAAGGCAGAAUGACGAUAGGAAAUAUAUGGUGUACGUUGGACUCCUGAUUAUUUGAAUUAGACACUGUUUUGCUACCUCUUGAAUAGAGAUGGUGGCUCUGUAGACACUCCAUGGAAAAUUUGAUGUUUUCGAUAUUCUAAAGGCGUUAACAUUUCUAUAGCUGGUUAGGUUGAGAAAAAUUGCAAACUUAACAGCAUAUAUUGCUUUACUGUGCAAACUCUGGCAAAAUUCUAAACAAAGAAGCUUGCAGCUGUUCCUUGAAAAGUAAUAACAUCUUUGCUUGGAAAAGGGAAGAAAACUUUGCCACAAUAAUUUCAGUUUACUAGAAGUCUUAGCUCAGUUUAGUUCCUUGUGUAUCAAUGACUGAGCUCCAUUUCAAAUGGGAUCCUUCUGACUUGGUCUUCUUUGCUAGGACAGGCAGUAUCUUCUGGUAACUUGGUUCAGUCUGCAUGUGAAAACCCAAUCCUACAAAGAUACAUAAUUAAAGGUCUGUAGUCAUGUAGUCAUUUUUUAAAAAAAACUUUACUUGUAGAGUGGAAGUUUACACAAAACAUCUCCCCACAUUUCAUCUGCAGCUGCAAACAAGGUUAUUUGCUUUUGUUGGUGUAGCACAAUGAAAUCUGUUCUCAAUCAUUAAGAUGUUGUUCUAGUAAUGUCUGAUCUUGCAUAGUGUUCUAUUUGAGUUUCUUCACUUUCUGCUUUUGAUGCAUACAACUCUGUAUCAGUAUCAGGAUGGAGCAAGCUCUCAUUAGAACAUGAUUAGCUUCAGUGGAGUAGGGUGCCAAAGCUUUAUUCUUAGGAUUUUUAAAAUUUUUAUAUAUUCAUUUGCGUGUAUAUCCUAUUAAAAUCUGAGAUGUAGUUAAGACUCUUCAAAAUACUUGUGUUGUGCUCUGAAUCAAACAUUUACAGCAGUGUAAGGAAGGCUUUGGUAUAGUCAUUAGUCAAAACAGUAAAGAUUAAUGCAAUUGUAUUUUGUUCUCAAUGAAUUAGGGAUAAUGUGCUUACAUGGCUUGGCAAAAGUGAUGCAAGUCUUCCCUUGAAUGAAACAUAUACUGCUGUUUUGCCUUGGGAAGGGUAGACAGUGAUGAGAAACCAUAGUCACAUCCAACACCUGAAUUUGAAAGUCUGUUGAGAUGCUUAUUCCUAUAAAUAGGUUGCUCAGCAGUCUAGAACAAAUGAACAGUACUGUGAACGGAAAGAAAUCCGAACUGAAGGUAUUUAGUGUUUCAUAAGUGUGUGGCCCUCAUUAUUAAUUCCUGUGCAAUUAUACCUGAAGCUUUUGAAUCACUGAAACUAGCAGGGGAGUUCUGAGCAGAGAUAUGCCCUUCUAAAACCAGUGGCUUCAGUUGAUUUAGAAGGAUAUAAUUCUGCUAAGGAUCAUAUUGUACCCCUGUGAUAUAGGCAGGCUUAGCUUCUGCUCUGAUUUACACUUUGUCAAGAGCAAUUUUUUAAAAGAACCCCUUAUCUUUAGUGCUGCUCUGUAUAGGUGUCUAGAAAUAUCCAAAAUUGUUUCUAUGUAUUUGUAUUUGAUCAUGAAAAUGGAAAUAAAUGUAGCAUUCGAACUGCUGGUAAACUUGAAAAUUAUGACAUGCCCCUUAUCAAAAGUCAAUACGAGUCUUUCAGACCGAAUGUGUCUGAUUUUCAUUUGCAGGUGGAGAACAAGGAAACAAUUCUUCUGCGUCAUUUUAAUUAUGUAAUCAUUGCUGUGUUCUAAUAUGUUUUGUUUUGUACAGAUGCAUUUUUGUAGAUUACUGUUAUCAUUAUGGAUGCCACCUUGAGCACAGGAAAGCAGGGUACAAAUUUUCCAGUAAAUAUAAAUAAAACUCACAUUUAAUUCUCA